UUGCGGUGCUCACUUGCAAAAAUGGCGGUAACAGAUUUCUUCGCCGGCGAGAUAGCCACCGAACUCCUGAAACAGCUGAUCACCAUCUCCAGAAAAUCCGCCUCGUGCCGCUCGAGCGCCGAGCAUCUCAUCCUCUACAUGCAGGAUCUCCUCCCGAUCAUCCAGGAAAUCAAACUCUCCGGCAACGAGCUCCCUCAGCACCGGCAGCGCCAGCUGGAUCAAUUCUCCGAGACUCUCACCGGCGGACUCGAAUUGGCGAACAAAGUCCUCAAUUCUCCCCGCUGGAACGUCUACCGGAAUAUUCAAUUGACACGGAAGAUGGAGAAAUUGGAGAAAACCGUUUCCCGAUUCAUGACCGGACCUUAUCAGGCGCACGUGCUGGCCGACGUGCACCACGUGAGGGUGGAUAUGGCGGAGAGGUUUGACGGGCUGGAGUGUCGGCUGGGGGCCAUGAAGAUUGGGGCGGACGGCGACGGUGGGUGCCUGGGGGCGGCGGUGAAGAGGGUGGAGGAGGAGGAGAGGUGGUGCGAGGAUAAUUUGGUAAAUUUGGGUGGUACUGGUUUGGAGUUGGGGAAGAUGAAGGUGAAGGAGAUGCUGAUGAAGGGGAAGGAAUCCAGUGUGGUCGAAAUUCAUGGGAUCGGUGGCGUCGGAAAAACCACACUCGCCAGAGAAGUUUGUAAAGAUUCCGAAAUUAAGAGCUAUUUCAAUAACAGGGUGUUCUUUCUCACUGUGUCUCAAUCUCCGAAUGUGGAGCAAUUGAGGUCAAAAAUUUGGGGAAUGGUAUCAGGGAAUUCCAUUAUGGAUAAUAGCAACAGAUUUCCACAAAUAAACUUACAAUACCAAGUCGGAAAUUCUGCACGAGCCCUAUUGGUUCUUGACGAUGUUUGGACACUGUCGGUGCUCGAACAACUAUUGGUCAAGAUCCCCGGUUGCAAGAUCCUAGUCGUUUCGCGGUUGAAGUUCCCUCCUUCGGUUAUCGAUUGCUCCUAUGAAAUGAAUUUGCUGACCGAGAAUGAGGCUAUGUCCUUGUUCUGUCACUUUGCUUUUGGACAAACUUCAAUCCCUCUUAGCGCUGAUAAGGAAUUGGUUAAGCAGGUUGUGGAUGAAUGCAAGAGACUUCCAUUAGCUCUAAAGGUGAUCGGAGCUUCACUCAAGGGCCAAUCCGAAAUGUUCUGGACAAGCGCAAAGAACCGUUUGUCUCGAGGACAACCUCUUAGUGAGUCCCAUGAACUCCAAUUACUCGAAAGGAUGAAAUUGAGCAUCGAUAAUUUAUCCGAGAAACAAAGGGAAUGUUUCUUGGAUUUGGGUGCAUUCCCCGAAGACAAGAGAAUUCCACUCGAUAUACUUAUCAACAUGUGGGUCGAAUUGCACGAUAUGUACGAAGAAGAAGCUUUCGCCGUAUUGGUUGAGCUUUCGGACAAAAAUCUACUUACCCUUGUGAAAGACGCAAGAGCUGGAGAUAAGUACAGCAGUUAUUACGAGAUUUCUGUUUUUCAGCACGAUGUAUUGAGAGAUCUUGCUAUACAUUUGUGUAAUCUUGAAGGGAUAAAUCAACGGAGGAGAUUACUCAUGCCAAGAAGAGAAGAAGGGCUGCCGAAAGAGUGGGAGAGAAAUGUGGACGAACCGUUUAAUGCUCGAGUUAUUUCGAUACAUACAGGUGCAAUGACUGAGAUGGAUUGGUUACAAAUGGACUGUCCUAAAACCGAAGUACUAGUCCUAAACUUUUCAUCACCCGAAUAUUCCUUACCUCCUUUCCUCGAAAAAAUGCCGAAACUCCGAGCCCUAAUACUAAUAAACUACAGCACUUCCAACGCAGUUCUCCACAACACCUCCAUUUUCAGCCACCUAACCAACUUAAGAAGCUUAUGGUUCGAAAAGAUUUCCCUCCCUAUAUUACCCCAAACAACAACACCCCUCAAAAGCCUCCAAAAAGUUUCGCUAGUAUUAUGCGACAUAAAUAAAACCAUCAAUCAUUCAGUUAUCGGAUUACCCCAUCUUUUCCCCCGUCUCUCCGAGCUCACAAUGGACCACUGCAUCAAUUUGACCGAACUGCCCCCGAGCAUAUGCCAGAUGCAGACGCUCACGAGCUUGAGCGUCACAAACUGCGACAGCCUCCAGAAGCUUCCGUCCGAUUUGGAAAAGCUUUGCUCCUUACAAAUCCUGAGACUCUCCGCAUGUCCGAACUUGAAGAAGCUUCCGGAAGGUUCCGGAAGCUUGGUCCGGCUUAAAUACCUCGAUGUCUCGCAGUGCGUUAACAUGGGAUGUUUGCCGAAGGGAAUCGGUGGGUGUGAGAGUCUUGAGAAGAUUGAUAUGAGAGAGUGCCCUCAGAUUAGGAGCUUGCCGUUGUCGGUCGGGUUAUUACUGUCACUAAAACGAGUUGUUUGCGAUGAAGAGGUUUCUUUGCUUUGGAAAGAUAUGGAGAAAGUUAGGCCAGGGCUGUGUCAAGUUCCUCAGGAAUGUUUUACUCUUGACUGGCUUGAUGAGUAAAUAGUACCUUUUCUUGAGUUUGUUUCUGUACUAGGUUGUCUUAAAUUGGGAUUAAUAUUUAUCAGGCUGUAAAUAUGAUUAUCUGAUGUUAAUAUGUAUUAUGUAAUCACCAGUGUGUUUAAGUGAGUCUGUUUGGUUUUAGAGAGACAGAUUCAAGGGAGUUAGUUGCUCAUUGAUGAAACAUAUUUUUCACUUCACCAGUUGGUUUUUAUAA